GCCACAUUUCAAACUAGAAUGGCUACCGCUGUCUGCGGUCUGCAGUCCACCGGCAGCAACAGUAAACCCGUUAAAACACACCGGGAGCAGCGGAGAAAAACGAAGGACUCCAGGAGGAGACAAGCGGCUUUGUUGUUCCUCAAUAAUAUCUCCCUCGACGGACGGCCCCAUUGUCAGCACAGCGAUGAAAACACCGACCAAAAAGCCGCCGAGGAGCAGCGACUCAGGGACAGAGACGGCGGCGCAACGGUCGUGCCCCUGCCGGCUGAGGGCCAGCAGCCGGUCACCCAGGUGACAGAGCCCGCUCCAGCCGGCAGUGGCUCGUCCUCCAGUUUCCCGGGGGUGUUCAGUCCCAUCCGACCUCCUUUGGUGAUGUCUCCGGCACCAGUCGGGGCAGCUGCUCUGGGGGCUAAUGAGGUAUUUUUGGAGGGUGGCAGUGCGGCUGAGACGCUAACCCCCGACACCCCUCUGUCCCCUGUGCCCACCGGACACCAAGCCUGCUCCCGUGUUAAGUCAACGCCCACCGCAUUGAGCCCGGUCCCGGCCGGUAAUUCCCUGGAUUCACGGCAGAGGUUGAGGAAUGUGUCUGGCUCUCCUGGACCCAAGGUGCCAAAGAAAGUCCACUUCAUCAAGAGUAUGAGGCAGUAUGAUACUAGGGGAUGUAGGAUCGUGCUGAUUUGUGCCAAGCGGUCGCUUUACGCUGCUUUCUCAGUGCUGCCCUAUGGAGAGAGUUCUCACUUCAGUGAUCUUAAGCUGGAGGCUCAGAGACAAAGGCUGUCGUCUGUGGUGGCUGCUGACCUGCUUCCUUCCCUGGAAGGCAUGGACAUUGGAGACUAUGGCAAGACGGUGUCAUACGCCCAGUUCCUUUAUCCGACCAAUGCCUUGGUGAGACAGAAGAGCUGCGGUGCAUCAGAAAGCUCCACAGCUCAGACCCCUCAGUCCCGUUUCCGUGGCAACGGGCAAAGGAACUUCACCCCGGCUCGUCUGAACAACAGCGUGGCACAGGACCCGCCCACAGAGGAGGUGGCAGAGUACGAUCCUAACCUGCUCAGUGACCCUCAGUGGCCCUGUGGCAGACACAAGAGGGUUCUGAUAUUUGCAUCAUAUGUGACAACUGUUGUUGAGUAUGUGAAACCAUCUGACCUGAAGAAGGACAUGAAUGAGACUUUCAGGGAGAAGUUUCCUCACAUUAAGCUGACUCUGAGCAAGAUAAGGAGCCUUAAGAGGGAGAUGCGUGCCAUGGGCGAGGACUGCAGCCUACAGCCCGUCACCAUAGCAAUGGCUUUUGUUUACUUUGAGAAGUUGGUGCUGCAGGGUCGCCUCAACAAGCAGAACAGGAAGCUGGUGGCGGCGGCUUGCGUGCUGCUGGCUGCAAAGAUCAGCAGUGAUCUGCGGAAACCAGAAGUCAGCCAGCUCAUUGACAAGCUGGAGGAGCGUUUCCGUAUCAACAGACGGGAGUUGAUUCCUCUGGAGUUUCCGGUGCUGGUUGCCUUGGAGAUGGGACUUUACCUCCCUGAGAGCAAGGUCAUGCCCCACUACCGCAGGCUGGUGCAGCAAGGUUAGAGUGGAUACAGCAUCGUCUGACAAUCCAUUGGGUUCAUUAAAAACAUCAGCAAGUGCGAGUGUGAUAAAGUAAUCAAGACUGACCGUGUGUGUGUGUGUGUGUGUGUGGAUCGACCAGUUUAUAAGCUGUGGUGUUUGAAACAAAUAAUUCUGGUACUACUUAUUUCCUGACGGUCGUGACUCGAGUCGCUCACUGUAUAUGGAGGAUAACUAGUUUACUCUUGCAUAUUUUAGGCUUAAUGGCAUGUGUGUCUCCCUGAAUGUCUUUUUGUAUGUGUGACAUUCUGUCCAUGCAGUCAUGAACUCUAUGUUAGAGAUGGUCAAUGAGCACAUUAAUUGUGCUUAUAUUUCUGUUUGUUGUGACCCAUUUCUUUCGGUACGUCCUCGUAUUCUCAACCUCGUAUUUAAAUGAAACGUAUGCUGUGAUGUUUGUGUUUGUGGAAGACUCAUCUCCUGCACCUUUCUCACUACUAUACACAGCCUGUGUAGUAUGUUUUACAAAAUACAAAGAACCAUACUGUUGAUUUUGUAAAUGCCUUUUUGAACCCACUGUGACAUUGAAGUGUUUUUAGCCAUUACAUUGAAACAUGAUACUGUAGAUCGUUGGUGGAAAACAUGAUUUUAGUAUUUGUCUUUUAUGAGAGAAGGAAGUGGCCUUUAAUUUACAAUACGUUUGAUAUGUUUUGUACGUCCAACAAUAAUCCAGCCACAUUUAUUUAUCUUGUGAAUCAAAAGAAACUAUGAGUUCAGACUCUUGUGGCAGCUGUGUGUCCAGACUGUGCUGACAGUGUAACCACUGUUAUACUGUAAGGAAACAGGACUGUGGAGGCUUUUAUUUAUAGUAAAUGUGUUUUUUUAUCUUUCAUGUUGCUGAACAGGGAUAUGUUUUUAUAAAAAAAAAAACUGCACUGGAAUUUAUUCCGCAUUAGUGUGGCUAGUUUCAUUUUUCAGUUCUCAGGAAUGUUACUUUCUCAUAUCUUUGAAUGGCUCAUAAAAUCUAACCCAAAGAAACGUUUAAAAGUUGUUACUGUAGCUAUCAUCACUGAAAUCAUCUGUGCUCCCAUCGUAAGUCAAUCGAAGGUAACUGAUUGUAGUGCUUUGACUAAAACAAGUACCACAGAGUAUUAACCUGCCUGCAGUACUUAUUGUGUUGUAACUCUUCAGAUUUUGGCGUGGAAAAAAGUGCCUGGAACUAUAGUGGCAGUAAAAUGGUUAAACAUCUUCUAAUAAGUGAUAUUUAAUGUUGACAUUUCUGAGUGUUGCUGCUGUAGAGAUCUUUAAAUGUUGAGGUUGUCCUUGUCUGGGAAAGAUAAUCACAAACUUUUUCUUGUCUGCAGUGGUGAAUAAUGUAUUACGAUAAGCAUCCAAAUGUGUGUAACUGCAGAAAAUGUACUUGUAUGGUUGGUGUCAAAUUGGUAAAUUCAUUGUUUUCAUACUGUAAAAUGAAUGUUUUUCAAAUAUAUUUUCAGACACUGAAAA